AUGGCCGAAGUGCUUCCCGCCCAGCUGCCUGACGGCCAGUCGUACUUUUCGCCCGCUCCGUUGCGCCGCUCUUCCCCGUCGCAACCGUCCUUCCUGGUGGGCUCGCCCACCUACACCCCGUCGCCUUCGACCCGCCAAGCGAGGUUUGCCAGCACCGAGCGCGCACCGACCCUCGUCGUGGCAUCCCCACCGCUUGUCGAGUCACCUGUCACCAUCGAUGAUCGCGACCCUCCGAUCCAAUCCUUCCUCUCGACCGAUCGGACCCGUCUCGUGGAGCAGGUGCAGUUGAAAACACAAGUGCACGACGACACCGACGACGACGACGACGACGAUGACGAGGCGAUUGGGUUCCCGUCGUACGACAUCGACGGCCGCCAGGACGACGACAGCAGCUCCAAAGCGGAUACAUACCCCACCCCGUCCUCCGCCAGCGACUCCAUAAUUUCAACCAACACGACUUCCACCCCCGAGCCCCUGCCCAUAGCCGAAGACGACUCGGCGAUCAAGCCCGAACCGACUCGGCAUGUCGACUACCUCUCGCAUGACUGGAGAGAAGAGGACAUCUGGUCCUCAUGGCGACACAUCACCACCAACCGCAAGACCUACGGGCAAAGAUCAAGACUAGAGAAUGCAUCGUGGCGGACCUGGGCGAAGGCGAAGUAUCAAUUACGGACCGUCUCGCCCGAGACUCUCAAUUGGCUCAAGGAUUGCGACGUCACAUGGUUGUACGGUCCGUUGCAAACAUCGUCCUACACUCCUCUCACCCACCCCGUCUCGGAAGCCGGAAGCACGAUGCUCUCGAAGAGCAACUCGUUCAUCAACAAGAAGCCGAUCCUCAAGAAGCGCAGCAUGUCGGAAGUCAUGCUCCAGCGCUCGAUAUCGAACUCGUCACUCAUCAAACAGGCAGCUGCCGCCGUGCAGGCCGAGCGCAGCGGUGCUCCAGCGCUGAGUCCUCGUCCCUCUUAUGCGCGCUCGACCUCGGACUACGUCACCACACCGUCGAUCCCCUCCAAGAGCACAAGUAGAGAAGCCACCGACUUCACCUCGCACACUUCACAGUCGACUUCUGGUCUCCAGACUCCCGGAGACGGCGAGAGAAAACACAUUCGGUUUGACGACAAGGUGGAGCAAUGUAUCGCAGUAGAGUGCAAAGACGCGGAUGAUGAUUAUGAUGAGGAGCCCUGGACAAACGAAGAGGACGACGACUCGUCGGACGAUGGGCUUGAGAUCAGGACAAAACCGAGGCGGUUGUCACGGAGCAACUCGAAGACUAACUUUGGAGCGGAGAACAAGACGAUCCAGAAGCUGCCCGACACGACCUUGAAAUAUCGGGUCGAUUCGCCCGACGUUCCCGACCACACCCCAGCUCAUUCGCUAGGAUUCUGGAGGUCGAGUCGGCUUUCGCCUUCACCGUCUCAGGAGACGCUCAAGCCUUCCCGGCCGGCGAGCAAUUUCCUGCUCGGCGAGGAUGACGAUGACGACGAGGAAUACUCGUGGGAGCCGUCGAACUCGUUCUCUGGGCAACGAAACAACGGUUCGUUCAACCAGCGCUUCGGCCAGGAAGAUGACGAGGGCGAGGACAGCCAGUCCGGUGGGUUGCGACGGACGCCGUCCGGGAUGUUCAUGCCGUACGAAGAGGACGAGGACGACAUUGUUGCUGCGGGACUGUUUGGCAAAGUGGUAGACACGGUGAACACGGCAAAAGACAUCGCCCACGUCAUUUGGAACGUCGGGUGGCGCAGUUGA